AUGCUUCGCUCUGAUUUUGUCGACCGUCUCGGUUGUAUUGCGGCUUUUAUGCAGAGUGUACUGUACAACGGAUUGGGAACACAUAUCGUUUUUGUGCCUCCCCAUGAACUCGUCGUUUACAUGAAGACCUUGUCCACAGGCAGUUUUACCUACACGCUAUGUAUCGCUUUCGUCAAACUAUCCAUUCUUGCUUUUUACAAGCGGUUGUUCCCCGUUAAACCGAUGGUCCUUGCUGUCAACAUUGUCGGAUCUGUCGUAAUCUUGUGGGCCUACGGUGUCUGCCUUGUCGGCGCAUUAACGUGCAUUCCUUUCCGAAAGUUGUGGGAUCCCACUAUUCCUGGCGGCUGCAUCGACCUUCCCAAAUUCUACUACGGCUUACAGAUCCCGAAUAUCGUCACUGACGCCAUCAUUUUGGGGAUGCCAAUGAAGGUCGUGUGGAACCUGCAUGUGCCUAGGACGCAGAAGGUGGCGUUGUCGGGCAUUUUCCUGCUCGGUUUCUUGUGCGAAACCCCAUCCCUGGUCCUGCUGGACUUCUCACUGAUUUUUGCUAGAACUUUGAUUUUUGACAUUAUUCGCCUGGUCGCAAUGGUUGAGCUCUCGGAGGCAGGAAAUGACAUUACAUAUGCGCAAACGCAACCCAGUGUCUGGACAUGCAUUGAGCCGGCCGUCGGUAUUACAGCGGCUUGUUUAUCCAACAUGCGCCCGCUUUUCAAAUUCCUGCCAAAGAUGCCUAAUAUUUCUUGGCCACGCAGCCUAACCCUAUCUCUAUCCGGUGAUACCUUCCGGAGGAAGAGUCUGUCCGGGAAGCACAUUCGGACGACGACUGUCGUCAAAGUUCACAGUCGAAACGGCAGCAAAAGCGCAAGCUCUGAUUAG